GAUAUCAGUUAAAGUUUUACAGUUCAUUCAUAUGGUACAUUUAAUAUUCUUGGGGAAAUCAUCUUUAAAAAAAAGUAGUUUUGAUACAAAUUUUGAGUAGUUUUAUAUCUGUUUCAAUAACAUAAAAUAAUUGGAUGAUAUCGAAAUAGAACGUGGGACAAUACUUAGCGGUUGUUACGAUACAGUGUAGCAAAAAAGUGUCAAAACUAGAGAAGAAAGAAUGUGUUGUUGUAUGGAGAAUGCAAUAGCAAUAUCCAUCUUCUUGUUAACCUUUGUAUGUCAAGGUUCUGGGCAAUGCAAGAUGUUAGUGUGCAGGUUCUCCCCAUUCAGACGUUCUCAAACAAAGUUGACUAGUUUAGACAACGAUUUCAAUCUCUGCCCUUAUAUUAUCAUCGAAAACGUGCAAAAUAAUGCAGAGAAUGUGAUUACUGUCAAAACCCAAGUGCGUGCAGUAUAUCCAUGGAUAUUACAAGCUAAAAGACAAAACCCAAAUUUGAAAAUUGUUUUGGCUUUCGUCGUUUUCACAUUUUUUGACAUGUACCAUUAUCCAGCGAAACGAAGUGAGCUUUUUCAAGCGUGUGUAAAGCAUUUACGUGAUAACGGAUUUGACGGAAUGACAAUAGAAUUAGGCGAUCGUUCUCCAUCUAAAGAUAGUUUUGCAAAUUUUAUACAGGACGCUCAAAAUACUUUUACUGAAGAAGCAAGAAGGACAGGGAAACCAAAACUUUUAUUGUUUGGAGAUUUGACAUACUUUUAUAAAUACAUUCAAAGAAAUUAUGAUUUGCCAAGAAUUUACAGCUCUACGGAUUACGUAAUAUUCAAUACGCUACCGGUAGGUGAAUACUCUUGGUCAGGUUUGGAAUCCCUUGAAGCGCUCGGUCGUCGUCACCACAGCAGAAUUUAUAGACUAGACCCAGAGGACACCUUUAACUUAGACUACUAUUUCAAAUGGAUUGUUUCGCUAGGAGCAGUAAAGUCUAAAACAAUAGUCAGCACUAAUUUAGAGGCGAUCUUUUAUUAUAAUGAUAGACCACCUCAAAUUGCGCCUCGAUACCUCAUAGUCAGAUUUAUAGAUUAUGGUGAAGUUUGCGACUUCCUGAAAAAAGGUGGUCAGAUUACGCGUGUGUUAAAUAUAAGUCCUUUUCAAGUAAAUGCGCAGGAUUUGGUAUUUUAUGAUGAUGAAUUCAGUGUAAAAGAAAGGAUCAAGUACGUUAAGAAGUUGGGUGUAGCUGGUUUUAAUUUUGCUAAUUUAGAAGCAGACGACUUCCGAGGUAACUGUGGGCGAGGUAAAUGGCCUCUACUGCGGGCAGUAAGUGAGGAGUGCAGAAAAUCUUAAGAUUUAAAGAAUAAUGAGUGAUGAAAGAAAAGAAAAAUAUAUACAAAAUUCAAAAUAAAAGCUUGGAAUAUAAAAUUUGGAAUAUAAGCCUUUGGAAAAUA